UUCGUGUAUUUCAUUCUGAAAUUGCCGAUUGUCUGAUAAAGUUUUAAUUAUUUCAAUAAUUUGAAUAAAAUAAUUUAAUAUUAGAGUUAUUUCUCUAGUGAUUAGUGUCUGGUGACGUCACCAUGGAGGACGACAUUGUACGACGACAUAAAGUAACUUGGAGUGAUGAUUUGAGUCAUGACUCAGGAGGAGAGAGAACGGGAACGUCUCGCGCAACUCGAAAAAGAGCUAGCAGAGACCCCAAUCAAGCCAUCGUACGAACCUGAAGAGUUGCAGAAGCUGGUCUCCUACAUCAUGAAAAUUACCACGCUAUACGACCUUCGCGAGGAGGAUUGGACUGAAGAUGUAAAGGCGGGCAUCGAGGAAUGGCUGCAAGAGCCCAGGGCGCUCAUCCUCUGUAUAUAUUUUAAAGGAGACAAGCUGAAAGCAGCCAGCGAUAUCCCGUUGUCGCCUGUAUAUGAUUUGACUUACUUUAUAAGAGAGCCUGACUUUGUAUUCAAGGCAGACACGUUUCACGAUGAAAUUAUAUUCGGCACGUUCGUUGAUUCUGUGGAGGCGAACAUGAUACAGCUGUUGGAGAAUGUUUACGCGCCGUACUUCUUUGGGAUAACUACGUGGCCUGAAAGUGUCAAAAGUGAGUUUUGCUCUCACAUACACACAUUCCUAGCCAAGCUAACGGACAUGUAUUAUAAAAUGCUGGGGCUGACAGUCCUCUACAUACCCAGGGAGGGUCAGCAGUUGACCUUUGAGCAGGCCAGCAGCGACCGGGAGCUGGUGAAGAGGCUCGAGGGGGUCGUGGUCUACUGGACACAUCAGAUCAAGUCGUGCCUGGAGGAUACGGCGUUUGUCGCGUCCCAGAAGGAAUUGUUGUGCCCGAGCGAUGAGUAUGACUUUUGGAUUUACAGACAUGAAAAUCUAAACGCUCUACUUUACCAACUGAAGAACCCAGCAGUGAGGCACAUAAAAAAGAUUCUAGUGACAACUCACUCGACGUUUAUCCACCAGUUCCAAUCUCUUUGCGAGGAGAUAGUCCAAAGGAUCACUGAAGCUACGUCGAACAUUGAAUUCUUGCAAGUGAUCAAGCAGCCGUGUGCCAUCCUCGAAUGCGUGGUCGAUCCUGACGAGAUCUCCAAGCACAUCCCUCAGAUCAUCAACCUCUUCAGAUUUAUUUGGAUGGAGUCACCAUAUUACAACUCGGAGACUCGAAUCACGAAUUUGUUCAAAGCCCUGAGCAACCAGAUCAUAAUUUUAUGCAGAAAUUAUAUAAAGUUAGAUGAAUUGUUUGAAGGAGAGACGAAGAAGGCGCUUGGAGAGUUCAGCAAGUGUAUCGAUUGUUGUAAGAAGUACAGGGAGAUAUACGACACGAUGGCCGAGGCUCAUAACGACGUGAAGCCUAAUAGCUGGGAGUUGGAUACUGGCAGUAUCUUCAAUUACAUCGACUCGUUCGUGCAACGUUGCUUCGACAUGAUGGAUGUUUGUAAUUGCAUGAUUAUAUUUGGCAGAAUCGACGAGUUAGAGACGACGAACAAGCCGAUGUUCGGCGGCGCGCGGCGCAACAGCGAGGCGAAGUGCGAGCAGAUCGAGCACAUGUUCCACGACGCGCUCGCCGGCGUCACGCACGUGGCCGCCUCCAUCCUGGACGUGCAGGCGCCCGCCUGGUACGACCACAUCCUGCAGUUCCGGGCCGUCAUCAAGGAUAUCGAGACGAUUAUCGAAAACCUCGUGGAGUCCGUGUUUGAAGGAGUCAACCACGUUGAAGAAGCAGUCGUUGCUUUGUUCUCUUUAAAUAACUACUCUAAGCGAAAGAACUUACGACGCAUAUUUAAACGGAAAACUGCUGAGGUGUGGGCCAUGUUUAGCGAUGAGGUGCAAGACGCGAAGAAGGACAUGGUCUCGAACCGCAGCCAGUACCCCGCGGACCUGCCUUCCUUCGCCGGCAGAGCUGCCGUGCUGAGGAUGAGGAAGAAUCGCCUCGUUUAUCUGAAGAAGGUGAUGACGGAUGCGUCGGUGUGGCUGAUGCCGUGCAGCAACUCCGAGGACGUGAUCAUGCACGUGAACAGGCUGAUGAGCGCCAUCGAGCUCGCCAUAAGGGAGCUCUGGAUCUCGUGGACGCACAAUCUGGACGAGAAAUGCGGCGCUGGAUUAAACAGGACCCUGAUGCGCAAGAGUACGGAAAACCCUGGCCUGCUGGAGUGUAACAUCGAUGUCAACAUUCUGGACCUCUGUAAAGAAGCAGCUCAUUGGGAGAAUCUGGGACAAGACAUACCGAUCCACGCUUAUCAGGUGUUUUCGAAAAGCAAAACCAUAUACUACGUGUAUGAGAGCGUAUUGGCCGUGGUGAAGGGAUACAACAAGAUCCUGGACUCGCUCUCCGAUGAAGAGAGAAUGCUGUUUAGACCUCUGACUUCUACCCUCGUAUCCACCAUCAGCUGUAAGACUAGAGUACCCACCAGCGUUUUCUUGUUAUUUGCGAUGGUCAUGACGAGGUUGUCCUUCAUCUGCUCGAGCUGGGGCCGUUCCCUUGCGGACCACGAUGCCGAGCAGCUGUGA